AUGACCAAAGGCAUCAAAUUGGGGAGCUGGGUUGCUGUCUCGUACAGAGUACCCAUCAAGCAGGAGAUAGAUGAGAAUGACACGGGCCACUAUGAAGGAAAAAUAGUUGAUAAAAGAAUUGGAGGGCAGGACCGCGAGUCCUUCAUAGAGCUGAAGGAUGUUUUGAAAGUCGACAUCGAUGGCAAUGUGAUUGGCAAGGAGAAGCACAAGAGGUUAAUUGACGCCUUCAUAGAAGAAUGCAAGGCUGCGGCGGCUGCAGCGGUUGUGGGGGCUGUGGUUGUGGGGGCUGCGGCGGCUGCGGUUGCUGCGGCGGGUGCGGUUGCGGCUGUGGCUGCGGUUGUCCUGGCAACUGCUCUGGUGGGUGCCCUGGCUGCUCUGGUGGCUGCCCUGGGGGCUGUGCUGGCGGCUGUGCUGGCGGCUGCCCUGGCGGCUGCCCUGGCGGCUGCCCUGCAGGCUGCCCUGGCGGUUGCCCUGCAGGCUGCCCUGGCGGCUGCCCAGCAGGCUGCUCUGGGUGUGGAGGGUGUGGUGGAGGCUGCGGAUGUCCUGGAAACUGCCCUGGCAACUGCGGCGGCAAUUGCCCGGGUGGAUGCCCCGGCGGUUGCCCUUCAGGUUGUCCCGGCUGUCCGGGCAGUCCUGGAGGCUGCUCUGGGUGUGGAUGUCCUGGUUGCGGAGGAUGUCCUGCAGGAUGUUGUCCUGGAGGCUGCUGCCCUGGUGGGUGCUGCCCAGGAGGCUGUUCCGGCUGUCCUUGUGGGGGCUGCUGCCCUGGCGGGUGCUGCGGGGGCUGUGGCUGCGGCUGCGGCUGCGCCGGCUGUGGGGGCUGUGGUUGUGGCUGCCCAGGCUGCGGAUGUGGGGGUUGUUGCGGAGGGUGCUGUGGAGGUUGCCCUCCAAUGGGAGGCAACAUGUGCAGCGGCGGGAUGGGCGGAAUGGGUGUUGGCAAAGGCAACAUGGGCAGCACAAGCCCCAGCCUGAAGCCCAUUGGUGGCUGCGACGGCAGAAGUGAGGCUCGAAGUAGAAGUCGCAGCAGAGGGAAAGAUGGAGAAGAUGGUAAUGAGUGCUGUCAUGAGUAAUGCCUCCCCCAGCUGCCAAAAGGCAGUAUUUUCGUGGCGGUAGAGAGUUAGGACAAACAGACUUUGCAUUGUGCACAUGAAAA